CAUGCACCUUCUGCAAGAUGAUGCACAAUCCCCACGAGCCGUAUGUCUUCCUGCGCAAGAAGAAGGUCGACCGCUCACGCGACGCAUCGCACUCCCCCACUGCUCGAAAGACGCCCCACUACCGCCGCAGCACCAGGAACCGCAGAAAAGACUACGACAGUGAAAGCCCUGACCAUGACACUGACAGCUCACAAGACUCUUACACGAGCCCCCCAAGAGCGCCAGAGCCAAGAGCACGGGUCGAGGAAGAGAUCGUCCCCGAGCCCGGCACUACGUCGUCUGUCAAGCUUCCAGACGCGCCACUGGCACGUGGGGUCACCGUGUCGUUCCGAGUCGGCGAGCGAGUGAGCCCUGACUCCAGGAUCGACAAGAAGAAGAGGAGAAGAGCGAGCAGAAGGGCGACCCAAUGGCAUGCCGCCAGUGCCCAGUCGCAGAGCGAUGUGUCCGUGUCAGCCGACAAGAAGAAGCUGCUGUCCUUCCACAAGAACCUCACCGAGAGAGAGAGCCUGAGGGAGCAGGUGCGUGUUCUCCAGCAGGGGUGCAGAGACCUGGAGGAGCGUCAUCAGGCCUUGAAGCGGGAGGCGGUUGAGAAGAAGGCUGAGUGUGAGGGGCUCAGACGACAGCUGGCGGACACGCAGGCUGCAUUGGCGGAGAAGGAUCACAGCCUGGAGGAAAUGAAGGUACCGAACAUGCAUGUCUCGAGACAUAUACACACCACGCCAGUGCUGCUUCUCUCCUUGGUAUCAGGGGCUUCUCGAGGACACUCGCGCCCAGAACGUUGCCCUGCAGACGCAUUACGAUGACCUCGUCCUCGAGUGCAGCCAGCCAGAGUGCGUUACGGUAGUUGAAGCCAGGCAACAGUUGGCGCCCCCUGAAUGUCCCUUUAUCUUUUGUCAGGUCUGAUACCCGUGCCGACGUGGUUACCCUCGACUCGUUUCUGGAUCUCAACAGUCCAUCGGGCAGUGCGUCCAAGUCGCCCACGCGACGUUUCCGUGCGUCAUGGCCCGGGGGAGCGUCUUUCUUGAUGAGCUCAGCUGUGAGAACAGAGACCUGCAGCAGCGGAUCGAUCAGCUCGAGAGAGAGAACCAAGGUCAGCGAGAAAAGGAGCCGCCACAACAAUGUCACACUGCUGAGACAUGAUGUUGCCUUCAGUGUUGCGACAAAGGAAUGUUGUAAUGGCCAAGGCGGCCGUCGAUGCUCACGACUCUGUCUCCCUGGGAACCAGCGCAGAAGGUGGGGAGUGAGACGCACACAUGGACUGCACUCAAACGUUGCGCCUCUGUCCGUUGCCAGGAGAGGCUGCAAGGUCUUUGUGUCCUCGGCAGGUGUGCCUUCUCCCCUGCAUCCGUCUGCUCCACCGGCGGACAGACUCGGGGCCGCACUGACGGAACUGCAGGCGGAAUGCAGCCGACAGCAGACGGACCUUGGAAAGGUUUUCGAUAUCCGGGACCGGCUGAGAGCGGAGAAUGAGGACCUCAAGACACGCUGCGCUGAGCUGCAGGAUGUAGUCGACAGGAUGCGCAAGAGCAUCGCAGGUGGGUGCCACGAUCCAUGUCUCCUCUCCCCAUUCGUCUCCACGUCUCUCUCUCUCUGUCUCUGUCUCGCCGCACAUUAUGCAUUGCAGAGCCAGCCUCCACACGUGCAUCUUCACGGUCCAUAUGUUGGGGCCGGCCCUGCACGGGUGCUCGUUUCGACGCAAUCAAGGCAAUGUGCUGCCCCACCGGCGUCGUCCGCCGGAGACAGGACAGCAAGGGCAAUGAGUACUAUAGCAUCUAUGACGACUAUGGGGAGAGCGAGAGUGAGGGUGAGAUGGAGGGCGAGGAAGAGGGGCAGGAGCUGGCAGAGCUGAAUGACCCGUCUAAGCCGCCCAGUCCUGCACAGAGUGCAACUAGUGCUGCCAAGGCGAAUGUGUGACGUGUGCUGUAGGCCAUGGCAUUGUGAUAUUUGUUUGUGGCGUGGAAACAAUCAAUCAAUGGGAUUUUGGACUUCUCUUCUGCCUGCUGUUAUGUCGGUCGCAAGCAAUUCAUCACUA